CGAAUUUGGUGACUUUCUGCAAUCCUCAGCAUUUCCAUUGGAGAAAAUGGACGAAAAAUGGUGCAUCAGAAUUUAUCCAGGAGGAGUAAAUGCAGCAAGUAAAAAUUACAUUUCCUUGUAUCUAAUGCUGUUAUCCAGCAAACAAACACACGUGAAUGCCUCAUUGCAAUUCCACCUAAUAAAUAGCAACGAUGAAAAAUGCAUAACAACGAAUUUUGAACAAAGUCAAAUCCUCUUUGUCCCAGGAAUAGAAUGGGGCUUUAAAAGGUUCACCAAACGCAGUAAUUUAUUCAAUAAUUCCCUUGGGCUCCUACCAAAUGACGUAAUUACCAUAUCAUGUGACAUUACAUACUUGCACCCUGAUACAUCAGUCAACAUUGUAGCUACUCCAUCCAAUCAAAUUGAAAAUAAUUUAAUUGACUCCGAACUAUCUACGGAUUUUGGAAACUUAUUCGAAAACCAGAAACUCACUGAUGUUACCUUUUACGUUAAAGGCAGAAAAAUCAAGGCCCAUAAAUUCAUUUUGACUUCACAGAGCGAAGUGUUCCGAGCCAUGUUUGAAACCGAAAUGCAAGAAAAAUUAACCAACAAGGUUAAAAUAGUCGAUAUUGAAUAUGAGGUAUUUGAGGCAAUGCUACAUUUCAUGUACACAGAUGAGCUUCCAAAUUCCAGCAUGGUUAAAGAGCUUUUGGUGGCUGCUGACAAAUACGCUCUAUAUCGCUUGAAAGCCCUGUGCGAAAAAGAAAUGUUUGCUAAUAUAACCACAGAGAAUUCGACACGAGUAUUAGUUAUAGCAGAUUUUUACAACUGUGAACAGUUGAAGAUUCAAACAUUAGAUUUUAUUAUAAGCUUUGCCAAAUUUAUUAUACAUACCGAAGGAUGGAGGAGUCUGGAAGAAACUUAUCCACAUCUUAUUGUUGAGACCUAUGCCGAAAUGGUGAAAAGGCAAAUUAAAUAUUAAUGUUCUUGAUUUUAUCGUAAUUUUAUGUCGUUAUUGUUAAUUUUAAAAUAAAUUUUGUAAUUUAGGCUAAUUUCUGUUUUAGCGAAGCAUUAUCUAAUUCAUAGUUUGAUCUCUGUAAAUAAUUAUGUGAUUAGUAAAAAGGCUAGUUUAAUGAAAAUGUUCCCUGUAAUGUUUUAAUAGUUAAUUUAGGAUAGUUUGUUUUACUUAACGAAUACCUACGGUUCAAAUAAUUGAAUCAUUUUUUGCUCUAUUACCUAUAACACAAAAGUUUUUAUCAAAUUGAAUUUGUUUGAAUAAAUAAAAUGUUCAUGAAGAGGCAAAUUAAAUGAAAAUAUUAUUUGAACUUAUUGAUUGUGCUUUAAAAUUGUUGAAUAUUUUUGUAUUUUACUGUUACUAUUUUCCGUAUCAACGGAUAAGUUUCAAGUUUAUGAGUUGACUUUGAUCUUCUGCAAGAGUUUUUAUGUACCUAGGUAUCCGUAAAAAAAACUACGAAAUUAUUUUUAGAAAAUAGUUAUUGUUUUCUUUUAUAUAAUCUAAUCUUAAAGAAAAGCAACUAAAUACAAAACUAUAAUGAUAUGAUUCAAAUUGGGUUUAGAUGAUUUUCUCUACGAAUUUCUUAAAGCUCAAACAAAAAUUUGCCAGCAAAACUAGUUUUGAAAUAAAUGGUAAUAAAUUCAUUGUAUCGUCAGCAAAAUUGAUUAUCAUAGUCGAAUGACUGGAAUAUUUUUCUUGAAAUUUCCAAAACAUUAUAGUCGAGAAUCUGAUGUGCAAAAAGUGGCAAGGGGGC